CACGGUGAGGCCUUCAUUCCUCUCCCCGUGUUUCCCAAAAUAGAAGCGAUUCGGGACAGGUCUUGUUAUAGCUGCUGAUGUCAGCCUCCUAAACAGGAUCAGGACCACAAGCAACACACCGAGUCAAUGGAAAGACUGGACACAGAGACGCGCAACACACUGCGUCUGCGUGGAUUUUCCUUCCCACAGGUCGGAAUGGGAAGGUGUUAGAAGGAAAAGUGGAACAGUGAGGCCGGGUCUUCAAGAGAAAAGGAAAAAAUAGCCUGGUUAUGGAUUUUAACCUGCUGACGGACAGUGAAGCCCGCAGCCCGGCGCUGUCGCUCUCCGACUCCGGGACUCCGCAGCACGAGCAGGGAUGCAAGGGCCAGGACAACAGCGACACAGAGAAAUCCCAGCAGAACCAGCUGGAUGAGUCCAGUGCUGAGGAUGGAUCUCUGAAGAAAAAACAGCGGCGGCAGAGGACUCACUUCACCAGCCAGCAGCUCCAGGAGCUGGAGGCCACCUUCCAGAGGAACCGCUACCCAGACAUGAGCACCAGAGAGGAGAUUGCUGUGUGGACCAACCUCACUGAGGCACGAGUCAGGGUAUGGUUCAAAAACCGGCGUGCCAAGUGGAGGAAACGGGAGAGAAACCAGCAGGCAGAGUUAUGCAAAAAUGGCUUUGGUGCUCAGUUCAACGGACUCAUGCAGCCCUACGACGACAUGUACACAGGCUACUCCUACAACAACUGGGCCACCAAGAGUCUAGCAAGCAGCCCGCUCUCUGCCAAGAGCUUCCCAUUCUUUAAUUCAAUGAAUGUAAGCCCCCUGUCAUCCCAGCCCAUGUUCUCCCCCCCCAGCUCCAUCCCCUCCAUGAACAUGGCCUCUAGCAUGGUGCCCUCAGCAGUGGCUGGAGUUCCUGCUACUGGGCUCAACAACCUGGGCAACCUCAACAACCUCAACAGCCCCACAGCACUCAACUCGGUGGCGGUGACCGCGGCCACCUGUCCUUACGCCACCACAGCCAGUCCUUACAUGUACAGAGAUACCUGCAACUCCAGCCUGGCCAGCCUGCGGCUCAAAGCCAAGCAGCACACCAACUUUGCUUAUCCUGCAGUGCAGAACCCCGUGUCCAACCUCAGCCCCUGCCAGUAUGCUGUCGACCGGCCGGUAUGAAGAAGAAGAAGCUCCAGUUGUAACCCCGAACCUAAACUAUCAGCUGUAAGUCCACUUUUACCCCACUUCCCAUCCCUUCAGCUCCAUCUCUGAACUGCUGGAUGUGCAGUUUGAGUUUUGAUGGUAGACAGAACUGACACAACGCACAGAGAUCUUCAGAUGGACCACCGCUCUUCGAAGAAUUUUCCUCCAGUUUGAGAUUUUGUUGCUGAACUGACCAACCGCUUCAAAGGAUUUCUGAAGAUUUAUGUCCAUUAUGAUGUUCCUUCCUUUGAACUGCAUGAAUAGAGUACACAUUGAAACCGAGGAUGCUUCAAUUGGACUUUCGGUCAACAUUUUGGCCCCAUAAACUUCCCUGUUGCAGGAAGAGGGACCUGUGGUUGCAAAUGUGACGGAAAUGGAGGGUGUAUAUAACGGACUUUCUCUGUUUUGUAUGUGACAAAAAAUAUAUGAAAAAUGUAGUACUUUAAAACUGAGAAAAGCAUGUUCUUCAAAAGCAAAGACCCUAGGUCGAUUUACUCUGAGCACAUCUUUUAGGAACUUAAAACUUUGUUGUGAAUUCCUCUCACCUCUGGAAAGGUCACAGGUCAGCUUGGACGGGGGAGUGGAGGACGCAACCUCCUCUUCCCCACUAAAGCCAAAGCUAGCUUUGGCUUUAGCUUUAGCUUUAGCGGGGGCUAAAAACACAGCAAAAAACUAAAAACAAGCUAAAAUCACACAGUUAGCAAUUCACAAGCCAGAAUAUCAGCGACAUUUUCAAGUUAAACACUAAAAAGCCAUUGAGUAUAUAGAUUUGUGUGGUGUUAUACAAAGGGAGUCAAUAACUGUAAAAAAUGUAUGUAAGAGUGCAGUUGUUUUAACAAAAAACAAGCUUUUUCCUGGUGUAGCCUGCUUUGUCUCAUUAAAGAACCAAUUAAAAGAUGUUUCUAUGAACCAAAAAUGGACUUGUACAUUGAACAGAGCAGCACACGCCCUGCUCAGCGCCCAUCUGCCGCUCAUGACUACAGCUGCAUGAUGUUCCCGCAGCUUCAACACCAUGGAAGCUAAAAGUCGCUGCCAUGGCAACAGUGACAGAUCGUAGUUGGCCAGAGAGACGGAGAGGAUUGGCAAGAUAUAGAUGUUCCUGAUGGCUGCUCUCCGAUAUGUUUGACCUACACUCUGUGUGGUAACAGCAGACUAUCCAGUGACACAGCAGGAAUUCACAGAGGCUGCAUGGGGCUGAAAGGGUGCCAGGAUUACAUAAGGUGCCCCCGCAAAGCCACAAACCCCUGCUUAGCAGCCCAUUAAUCGGCCCCCAUCGGCCCCUAGAAACACUUUAUCACAUUUUCAUCCUUUCUGUUGUCUUGUUAAAAUAAUUGUUACAUCAUAAUCUUCAGUCUCAUCUUUAUUCACAAUUUGACAAUUAUAAGAUCAAUGU